AUGGAUAUUUCCAACAUUAUUAGGGGUGUAUUUAUUCGAAUCUUCUUGGCUUUACUUAUACUGUCUGUCAUCCUUAAAGUUGUGAAGGAAAAAUUCAUCUUAUGGUUGUAUGGCCAAAACGCUGAUUCGGGAAUGUCUGUGUUAACAAGAGGAUAUAUGAUAUCUGAUGUAUCAACAAAAAGGUUGAGAAAUAGUUCUGUGAUAACUAGCUUUCAGCCGUCUGGCAGUAAUAUGUAUGGUGAUCCGAUUCGAGUAACUGUUUCUAGCAUUAAAGCUGUCGAGUUUUGUGUCUUACGUGAUGUCUCAUUGUCUUCUUUCCAUGACAUGUUGACUAGUGACCACAAAAAUCUUAGAGAUUAUAUUGUUACCAACGCUACCGAAAGACAUACUGUAAAACCUGGAAAUCAAGACAUAUCCAUACACGUGAACGUUCAGUCUUGCCCUGAUCAUUCGAAACGCGAUAAAUAUUCAAUUGUUAUUUGUCUAGUUUCAAGUACUCUAGAUUCACUGGAUGAGGAAAUAAAUAUUACAUGCUACAUAAUUCAUGUAAAGAUUCGAGAAGAGGAACAAGUGAAUACAAGUAUCAUGUAUACAUAUUGGAAAACCAAUUGGAACCGUCUUCUGACUCCACAAUCGAUCGAAUCAAAUCAAAUAUUGCAUAGAUUGACUAAAGUUGGCAAACUUUCGAUCCAUUUUCAAAGCUAUGCAUUCACAAAUAUAUAUUUACUUCUCAAAAUUACAAUAAAAUGUUUGUCAGUAAUGGUAAUAAUAGUAUUAAUAAGAUUUCUAAACAUUGUAACAUAUAUUCACUUGUUUACUUGAAUCUUUCCAUUGAUGAAUAGGUCUGCAAUUGAUCAGUCUCUUUUUGGUAUUUGUGCAUAAUGUGCGGACUGCCCGGAUAUUGCCUUGGGUCACAUGCAUUAUAUACAAAGAUCGAUAGUGGCUAGCAGUGGAAUCCAGUUGGACGCGCGUCUCGUCUUAUUUUGGACUCGUCAGCUGGAUGUAUCUGCGUCUGACUUGAUGUUCAUUCUGGGACUCGUACUCAGUACUGUUCGCUUCUACCUCCAUCGCGUUAUUCACUUAGAUACUGAGUCCUGAUAGCCACUUACUUGUGCGUCUUUGAUUAUAACGCUUGUGAAUUAAGGUAAUAUUGAGGCAACACACACAGUAUAAACCUAUGUCAAUAAGAGACUGAUCAAUUUAAGUCUUAAACAUCAAUGGGAAAAUUCAAGUGAUAAAAAACAAUUCCAAAUGAAUUUAAAAUUCACCACGUUGCACAAGCAAGUAGCUAUCAGGAUUCAGUAGCUAAGUGGAUGACGCGCGAUGGCGUUUGAAGCGAACGG